UGGUAUAACCUAAAAAAUCCUAUUUUGUUGUUAUUUUUUGUUAAGGAUCUGUGAUCCGUAGUCCGUCAACUUACUACACAUUUUAUAUAAACAUCGUUCGCGUUUGUACUUUAUCCGUAUACAUCCGACUUAAGAGUCUGAACAAUGGCUCCUCGUUAUGAGCUUGCGGUUGGUAUGAAACGUGGUCACAAGACCACAAAAAUUGAGAGGGUUGGCAAAGUCAGCGGUAAAGAACUGGUAGCCAAAAGCGAAAAGCUCAGACAAGCCCGCACUAAAGGCCGUUUGACUAAGCACAAUAAAUUCAUCAGAGAUGUUGUAAGGGAAGUUAUGGGUCAUGCACCAUUUGAAAAGAGAGCAAUGGAAUUGUUGAAGGUAUCCAAAGACAAGCGUGCAUUGAAAUUCUUGAAACGACGAUUGGGAACACACAUUCGCGCCAAGAGGAAGCGUGAAGAACUCAGCAACAUUUUAUUGCAAAUGAGAAAGGCACAAGCUACCCAUACAAAAUAAUUUCAAAGCUUUAUAAUAUCUUUGUUUGAUAUGUAAUAAAAAUGUUGACUGCUGAGAAAUCUGCAUUUUCCUUGAAUUUA